CCGUGCUAUCCUGGUCAGAGGCUUGAGUCUAAGGCCUAGAGUGUAUCAUGUUGAAGAUGAGCGGGUGGCAGCGACAGAGCCAAAAUCAGAGCCGGAACCUGAGGAGAGAGUGUUCCAGAAGGAAGUGUAUCUUCAUACAUCACCACACCUGAAAGCAGACAGGCAGCAGGCCAGUGUGCCAACCCGUAGACUGACGGCUUUGUGGAGCUUCUUCCCCCACCCACUAUCCUGAGUAUGUCCUUUCCCAGAGCCUGAUCCAGCCACA